AUGAGGCCUGAGAACCAGAGUCAUGUGUCCGAGUUCCUCCUCCUGGGGUUCCCUAUCCAGCCAGAGCAGCAGGGCAUGUUCUUCGCCCUGUUCCUGGGCAUGUACCUGACCACGGUGCUGGGCAACCUGCUCAUCAUCCUGCUCAUCAGGCUGGACCCUCGCCUCCACACCCCCAUGUACUUCUUCCUCAGCCACUUGGCCCUCACUGAUGUCUCCUUUUCAUCUGUCACUGUCCCUAAGAUGCUGAUAAACAUGCAAACCCAGGAUCAAUCCAUCCCCUAUGCAGGGUGCAUAACACAGAUGUAUUUUUUCCUACUUUUUGGCUGCAUCGAUAACCUUCUUCUUGUAGUGAUGGCUUAUGACAGGUACGUGGCCAUCUGUCACCCUCUCCACUAUGCCACCAUCAUGAGCAGGGGGCUGUGUGUGUUUCUGCUGGCUGGAUCCUGGCUCCUCUCUUGUGUCAGUGCCCUGUCCCACACCAUCCUCCUGGCUCAGCUCAUGAGGAAGGAAAAUCAGAGCAGCAUGUCCGAGUUCCUCCUCCUGGGGCUCCCCAUCCGGCCAGAACAACAGGGCGUGUUCUUUGCCCUGUUCCUGGGCGUGUACCUGACCACAGUGCUGGGCAACCUGCUCAUCGUCCUGCUCAUCAGGCUGGACACUCGCCUCCACACCCCCAUGUACUUCUUCCUCAGUCACUUGGCCUUCUCUGACAUUUCCCUUUCCACUACCACAGUUCCAAAGAUGCUGAUGAACAUGCAGACUCAGCAACAAUCCAUCUCCUAUGUGGGAUGCAUUUCCCAGAUGUAUUUUUUCAUACUUUUUGGCUGUCUUGACAACUUCCUUCUCGCAGUGAUGGCAUAUGACAGGUACGUGGCCAUAUGUCAGCCACUUCACUACACCACUGUCAUGAGGCAGGAGCUGUGUAUCUCAUUGGUAGCUGUGUCCUGGUUCUUCUGCUGUAUCCAUGCCCUGUUGCACACCCUCCUCUUGGUCCAACUGUCCUUCUGUGCUGAAAAUACCAUCUCCAACUUCUUCUGUGACCUCCCUGCCCUCCUGAAGAUGAGCUGCUCAGACAUUUCCAUCAAUGAGCUGGUCAUCUUUACUGAAGGAGGAAUGCUGUUCAUCUUGCCUCUGAGUAUCAUCUUGGGCUCAUAUGUUCGUAUAGGGACCAUCGUCCUGAGGGUCCCCUCCACCAAGAGACUCUUUAAAGCCUUCUCCACUUGUGGCUCCCACCUCUUUGUGGUAUCUUUGUACUAUGGAACACUUGCUGGGGUUUACUUUUUCUCCUCAUUAUGGGACUCCAAUGACAAAGACAUAAUUGCUUCAGUCAUAUAUACAGUGGUUACUCCCAUGCUGAACCCUUUUAUAUAUAGCCUCAGAAACAGAGAUAUAAAACAAGCCCUAGAAAUAUUUGUCUUUAGGGGUAACUUCUUCAGAUGA